AGAAGCUCUGCGGCCGGAGGCGGCAAUAAGGUGGCUGCAGUUUACGCACCCCGCACCCCCCCGGAUGGUGGCCUCUCUCCAGAGAGAGAGAGAGAGAGAGCGGGAUGCUGACACGCUGUGAUAGAUGAGCAUUGGACAACACGGCGUAAGCAGAUCCACCCCCUCUCUCCACACACACACACACACAGACACGGUGUGCCCUGCACUAUGACUGUCGGUGUGCUCCUGGUUUGAGGAUUAAAGUGAGGACUGUAAUGGCGUUGAGGAGCUUGUCUGUGUCCUGCUGCUGUUGCUGUGCUCUGGGCUUCCUCCUGCUCGCACUCGGGGAUUUAGGCCAAUCUUCAGAAUUGACUUUCACCCUGGAACCGAGUGAUGUUGUAGCAGUGGAGGAACAUCCGCUGAAACUGCAUUGCCAAGUGGAAGGAAUGCAGCCCAUUAGCAAGUCGUGGAGGAAGAAUGGAGUGCUGCUGUCUGACAGCGAACACAUCUCGCUGCUUGCCAAUGGAUCACUCUACAUCACAAAGUUUCAGAAGCUGAGAGAGGACGGCUCCUCUGAUGAGGGCGAAUAUGACUGCACAGCCCAGAAUCACUUGGGAUUACUGGUCAGCCGCAAGGCAAAAGUACAAGUUGCAACUCUGUCUCCAUUUCAUGUGCAGCCCCAGUCGAUGAUGGUGGAGGAAGGUGGUGUUGCCAGGUUUCAGUGUCAGAUUCAUGGCUUACCGGAGCCAUUGAUCAUGUGGCUGAAGAAUCGCAGGGCUCUUGAGCCAAGUGAUGACAGGUUCACCUUUCUGCCAACGGGGGUCCUGCAGAUUACACGAGUGGGUGAAGAAGACAGUGGAAUAUACCAGUGUGUGGCAGCUAACACUGCCGACACAAGACAUAGCGAAGAAGCCAGUCUCACGGUGUCAGGAUCUCACUCCAAUGUUUAUAAGGAGCCAACGAUCCUGGUUGGUCCCGAGAACCUCACACUUACCGUGCACCAAACAGCUGUCCUGGAAUGUGUUGCGACCGGAAACCCUCGUCCGAUUGUAUCCUGGAGCCGUCUUGAUGGCAGACCAAUUGGUGUGGAGGGGAUCCAAGUGCUGGGCACAGGAAAUCUCAUGAUCUCUGACCUAUCGGUGCAGCAUUCUGGAGUGUACGUAUGUGCAGCCAAUAAACCAGGGACCCGUGUGAGGCGUACUGCACAGGGGCGGCUGGUGGUCCAAGCGCCUGCAGAAUUUGUGCAGUACCCACAAUCCAUAUCCAGGCCAGUAGGGACCACAGCCAUUUUCAACUGCCUGGCUCAGGGAGAACCGAUCCCACAACUUACCUGGCUGAAAAACGGGGAGAUCCUUGCCCCCAGCGGUCACAUCAAACUGAAAAACAACAACAAUACACUUACAAUUAAUGGCAUUUCUCCAGAGGAUGAAGCAAUCUACCAGUGUAUUGCUGAGAAUGACGCAGGGUCAACCCAAGCCAGUGCGCGGUUAACAGUGCUGUGGGCUGAGGGACUUCCGGGACCCCCCCGGGAUGUGAAAGCUGUAGCUCUGUCUGCGACAGCCAUUCAGGUGUCGUGGACUGAGCCGUCUGAGAAUACGCGAGACAUUAUUGGCUACGUGCUGCACAUCAGGAAAACUGCAGACCCAGUGGAGAUGGAGUACCAGGAGGCUGUGAGCAAAACCACCUUACAGCAAGUGGUAACUGAUCUGCAGCCAUCGACUGGCUACACUUUCUACAUAAAGGCGUAUACAUCACGUGGUGCCAGCAAACCAUCAGAGCUCGCUACCUGCCGCACACGGGGCGAAGUUCCAGCAGUACCAGCUCUUUUCAUUAAAGUUUUGAACAGUACAGCCAUUCAGGCUGUCUGGGAAUCCAGCAUUAAGCUUGGGCAGCAUGAAGGAUUCAAGUUGUAUUAUCGCAGGAUUCAUGGUGCACACUUCAUCGGGCCUGUACUCCUUCCAAGCAACGUGACAUCGUACAACAUAACUCAGUUGGAUCCACUGAUUGCCUAUGAAGUGAAGCUUCUCGCAUUUAAUCGUCAUGGAGAUGGAAAUUCCACAGUUCGCUUUGUGGCUCUGCAAGAUGCUGCUGAGAGAUCUGGGGUUCUGAACACUCCAUGUGAUUGUCUGAAAGAGGAACACAGCAGCAAAACAUCGACAACUGGCAUUAUCAUUGGAACCCACAUCGGCGUCACCUGCAUUAUCUUCUGUGUUCUCUUCCUGGUUUUUGGAUAUCGUGGGAGGUUGCUAAUGUGCAAAAAUGUUGAGGAGCGCCUGGCCACCCCUCAGGCUCCAUCCAGGGCCCAAAGAAAUUCUCAAGGGCUGGUGCUGAAUGGUGGAUCACGGAGAGGUCGGCAAGAGUUUGUUGCCAACGGGAAGAUGGCUGACAUGAACGAACUGGAGCGACUGUUCCCUGCGCCAGUUCCUAGUGAUCGCCUACACAAGGAAAAUCCAUGUAAUAAUGUCUCCCCCAUUACUGAAGAACAGCCCAGCUCGAUCUGCCAGAACUCUCUGUUCCCACUCGAUGAGUUUGUUGUGAGUGAAGAGCAGCACACUACCUUUGAAACCCCCGUUGUUCAAUGUUGCUUAGACCACCCUGAACUAAAUAUUAAUCAGCUCAGCUUCACAGGAGCGAAAGACAGUAGUUCCAUCACCGCAGAGUGAAACUUUGAGAGAACCCAAGUCUCAUUGCCUACCUGUAGGCUUGUGACUGGAACUCAUGCUGACAUUCAUCGUUUUCCUAUCUAUUGGCAUCUACACUAGGCCUAUCAGUCUCAGGUCAGCUCACAUAUUAUGGAUUUGGUGGAAAUGAAGUCUGUUUGUAUCCUCAAGAAACUCAGGCAUGUUGUAAUGAAGGUACUUCAACUGGUGUAGUUUAUCUAUGAAACUUAACUAAUGAGGUUGCAUUUCAGGCCCUCACACAGCAGAUUUCCACCAUUUGCAAAUGCAUAUCAUGAGUUUGUUGGCUGGCUGCUUGUUCUGACUAUUUCUUUGAUGUAAACAAUUACCAGCAUCGGUUUAGUAAAACCCGGCAGCUCUCUACGCAGGGAUUCGAUGAAUUUCACACUGUAUCCAUCUCAGGUCACAAGUUCCAUCAUUUCAGUGAUGGAUCCUCAACAAACUAGGUGACUGCUGGGGCCUACAUGUAGGCUGCUAAUGAGACUUGGGGGCGAAAGAAACAACUCAAAGAAAAGUUUGAUGAUUGAAAACUACCUCAGCCGCAUUGAAUGUCUUCUAAGGAAACUGCUCGAAUUGGUAUCUUCCUUUCUACAAAGUAAAAUAGCAUUUGGUUGGUACAGAUGCAGUACUACCUCAAGGCCUCACUCAUCUGCCAUUUUCCCUGAAGAAGAGGAAAACAAGCACUUCCAAAUACAAAGAGAAACAUUCUACCUCAAAUUUUAUAGAACUCCAUUCUGUGUUGUGGGACUGUUUUCCCUCCAUUGAUGUAUGUGGUGAUUUAACCAAACUUCCGGCCUGCAUUGUGGUGAGGCAUAGAAUUAAUGGUCAUUACUUUUGCGUGUGCUACACUGUAUAUAGCCACGUCUUAUGUGUUUGCAUUAUUUUUUACUUUACAAAGGUGUUUAUUCACAUUGAUUGUCUGCAGUGUUUAUUAGAGAAAUUUUUUUUAUCAUUGUUCCUCACUUGGGAACGUCACCAAAGACCUGCUUUUGAAGAUAAUAGAACAAGGUUUUGUAUUUCCAAUUGGCACUGACCACAUUGCUGUGUAGAGCUUGCUGUAACUCUCAUACUGUCUCCAUUAGGUCAGAGCACAUACUAAACAGAAGGGCAACAAUGUAACCAGUGUUUGAGUCAAACCUUCCCAGUCCUGACUCCUGCCAGACCUCCUGGGAUUUAAUAACAUUCGAAAGAAUCCAUAGCCUUAGAAAGGAAAGUUUGUGCCUGACAUCAGCCUGGCCAAAUUGUUCUUUUGUGUGUGAAGGGAAGUCAUGGAUGUGAAGCGCCCACUUUAGUUGUGGGGUGCAAAAGAAAAACAGCAGACCUGUCCUCACUUUGCCGGACUGAACAAAAUCUCAUUGAGAAUGACCUGGUCAGAGGAACAGCAUCCAGAACAUUCCUCCGGGAAAGAGAAAUGGUAGUUGGAACAUUCCUCCAGAGCGUGCAGAGAAACAGAAGUAUAAAUUGCAGAUGUGAAGGCAGUAAUUAUGGGAAACCCCUCCUCAAUGCUAGUCUCGGCCUAGGCUGAGUUGACUUCCAUAAUGACAUAAAAUACAGCAGCGCUUUUGCCUGAAUCUAAACUUGCUUUUCCUUUGGAUAUCUGUGUAAAUUUGCUGUCUUACUUUUCCUGAUAUUUUGUUACCCUUGUUCUUAAUCUGUCAAGGUAACUGUGAUCAUUGCAGACUGCAGUGCCCGUGUUUCUGUGUUUCACCAGGGUUGCUCUCAUGUCCCUGUUUCUGUACAGUUGUUUGCUCGUGAAAGUUGUUAGUUUAUGUGAAGCCUUAUUGUGCAGUUUAAUUAGAUGGUGGGCAGUCAGUUAUCUACCUCAAUAUUAACCGCUUGAUCUUUCUCCUGAGCUUAUUCUCUGCCUCUUUCUGUUGUCCCAACACAAACCAGUGUCAGAAUUUAACUUUUAACUCUUUGUAGAAAUUUAUGAAGCCACUUAAUGUGAGAUUUUGAACAAAACUACAAUAUCUACCUGACAGCCGAAGUAGAAUGAGAUUGCUAAGGACUGAUUUUCACUAAGUUUUGCAGCUAGGCCUUUGAGUAUUGCAUUAAAUGUUAAAGACCCUUUUAGCUGGGAUGAUUGACUUUGGAAGUUCCACAUUCAACAUUUAUAAAGCAGAUGGAAGUUUGCCCUAGUAAUUCUCCAAACACAUUCUUAAAUCCUUUGAGAAAGUUUCUAACCAGUGGUUCAUAGAUCCCCUACAGUGUGGAGAAGGUUAUUUGUCUCAUACUGACCCCCUGAAGACCAUCCAACCCAGACCCACCACCAUCCCUGUAACCCUGCAUUUCACGUGAUCCAUCCAACCUACGCAUCCCUGGACUUCAUGGGCAAUUUCCCGUGGCAGUUCCACCUAACCUGCAAAUCUUUGGACUGUGGGAGGAAACCAGAAUACCUGGAGGAAACCCAUGCAGACACACGAAGUAUGUGCAAACUCCACACAGACAAUCGCCCAAGGUUGGGUUUGAACCCUGGUCUCUGGCGCUGUGAGCCACAGUGCACCUACAUUGUUUCCAGUCUUGAUCAAACAUUGGGAUUGACAAUAAGAUGAUUGUAUUUUGUUUUCCAUUUAAGAGAACUGGUUUCUUCUUGUAUCAGUGUAAUACUCAAAGGCUGUACAUAUGGGAACUGUUUGUUCAAAUACUUUAGAGAAAUGAGCCGUACAAGUGGAACGAGUGGCGGCAGGUAAUUAACGCUGCCACAGUUUCAAACAUGAAACUGUACCAGAAUACAAGGACACAAAAUUUAGGAAGGAAUACCAUUGAACCCAGACAUGGGGAUGUGCCAAGUUCAUGAGGGUGGCAGCAAUGGAGAACAGAUGGUGUGUUGUGCAUUCUGUACCAUUUGCACACACCCUGUUCCACACUGUCACUCUCAGAUGCUCUAGUUUGUUGACAUGUGGAUAGUAUUCGAUUUUAUUCACACUCCUUGACAAUGCAGUAGGGGUGGCGACUAUCUCAGGGAAACAUCCUCACAUUUGUUUUGUAGCUGAAUGCAGAGUAGCUUUGCGAUAACAGGGUAUUUUCAGACAGUUAGGUUGGAAGUAUUUAUUAGUGAGUCUCUCCUGUUUUGCUUUCUUGUCGACAAAGAAACACUGGGCACACCCUUUAUGAGUGGUCCAUUGUGAGCUUACGCUCUUCACCAGUACACUCCAGGAUGCUUAAGGGACUGAAAUUGUAAUCGAGAGUAUAUAACAAGAUUUAAAUGUUUUUAAAAUAGCUUCACUAUAGGUAGAAACUUUUGGUGUCUGAAAGUUUGCACCCAAGGUAAUUUUGAAGAAUAUUUUGCUACGCAAUAUAGUGUAUGAAAAAAGACCAGCAAGUUUUAAUAAGAGACUUUUUAUUUAAAUUACUUGAUACAGACUCCUUCCAUUUUAAACUAAAGAUUAGGCCUGCUUUCUAAAUUAUGCCAGGAGCAGAAUAGGCAACUGCUACAACUUAUAAAUGACUGUUUCUGUUAUUUGAAUGAAGCUAAUGUCUCCCCUAAAAUAGAAGACUCAGCAGCCAGGCAAAACAUUAAGUGUUUGUCUGAUGGCAUCCAACAGCUUAUGUUUACAGAUCAGGUAGAAACUGGCUACUCACUAAGUUGCAUCAGGUAUGUAUUCACUGUAAAGGGAUGAAAUUUUUUAAUGAUAGCUUAUGAUAUUUUUUUACACACUAAUUACUGUCUGUUACAGCCACAAUAAUGAUUAUGUGUGAAAUGUGUCUGAAGUUUCUUUUCAGAAAUGCACAGUUUGUUUCUGCCAAUGUGAUGUCUUAUUUACAGUAUUAUAAACACAUUUGCUGGGGUUUUUGAGAUACUUAGAUUUAGAUUUUUUUUAGUAAUAUAUUAUAACUUUUAAGUCACAAAUGUCUACACAGUGUUAGGUUGGAUAUAGAUUUAACGAUAACCAUGUGGAUAAUACUGUUACAAAGCCUCUUUAGUAAAACGGGUCUUUAUUGGUCUAAAAACACACCCAGCACAAUCUGAUUACACAAUGAAACCUUGAGGCUUAUUUUUCUGUUAAUUUCCUUUGUGGUAUCCAGUCAUGAAGGGAGAAGCACUAUAGUCAUGUGUAUUUCGCACCCUUAUGGUUUGGUUUCUUUUCGGUGUUGUGUAACAUUGUGUGCCAAAACAGAGCCAAAUAAUUACUGGUAGCAAUUUUAACCUUACCCACCCAGAGGAAAUGAAGUAGGAUUAGUUUGGAUCCUGUUUGCUGCCCCACAAUUUCACACUGCAUUGAAAUCAACAGACCAUUAAACAGAGCAGAGUCUAAAAUGUGCAUCCAACUGGAACCCAAUUCAUUCCAACUGGGCAUGUUGGCUUAAAAUGACCUCCUGUGGUUUUGUUUACUUUAAAUACAAGUGUUCAUUGAUUUUGGAGGAUCAGUUCCCCUAAAGUCUGUCAUUGGUGCUUACAGCACAAAUACUAUUUUUCUGUCUCAAAGAGAGGAUCGUCUUCUCAUCGCUAAUGCACCAUGUUAUAUCACUUCAUCAAUCUGGAGACCUCAUCAAAAGGAAACCUUUUUUCAGACAUGGAUCAUUGAGCUAAGUGUUGUCCUCAUUUUAACCACAGAUUGACUAUGAACAAUGCCCUCUUUUACUUAAAAGUGAUUUGUCGAUUUUUCAAAGGAUUACCAAAUAUCCCAAUGCCAAUUCAUUUGGAAUAGAUUUGGGUGGGGUGGUUGGGGCAUUAUUUUGUUGAUAUCAAGCAAAGGUGAUUAAUACCACACACAUGUCGAUUUAUCAAAAGGAGGAGAUUGGUCAUUUUACCUGUGUUGGAGGUUAAAUGUCAGGACCUCAACUGAUGGUGGGUUUAAUCCGUACUUAUCUCAAAGUUAACUUCAACAAUGUGUUAUUAACAUUUCUGAUAUGUAAGGAUAUACUGUUCCCAGAACAAUUAUGCUGGUGUAAUGUUACAUUCAUUAUAUAUAAAUUGUCGAAUCCCUACAGUGUGGAAGCAGGCCUCUCGGCCUGAGUUCUGUACUGUGAGAAAAAAGAGGAUACUGACUAACUGUUGUAAGACCUGUGCUGCUGAUGUGUGACGCUGGAUUCCAAAAGGUUAUCCAGAGCAAACUAUUAAAGCAGAUGUAGUAUUUUUUUGUGUGGAAAUUGUCUCCUGCUGUCAAUAUGUCAUCCCCAGUUGUGUGAACACGAGGUUUCAGCUACAGAAUGUCACCAACACCAAAUCUCAAGUAGGCGUUGGUCCAAGAGUGUGCGGUCCCUCCCUACCCAAGCUCAAAGCACUUUCCUCUCCUAUUUACUCAUUGUUCCUCGUGUGAAUGUUUAGAUUCCCACUGAUCAAAUGAUUGUUGACUUUGUAUCAUAACAGCUUCCUUUGUUUUUGUAGAUCAAAUUGUUUAGUUUGUGGAAAUAGAAUAAUGAAAAAUAAAAUAAUGUUAGUCAAUUCAAUAUUAAA